AUGGUGGAAAAGUAUUUUCCUUGGAAAAAAAUAAAUCACCUUACAAAGUUACCGAUAUUUCUCCGCACCAUUGGAGUACCACCGGAUAUCAUAAACGAUGAAACGUCAACUGAUGUGUCAGUGCAGGAGUUGGACAAUGUAACAUUGUCAUGCACGGCCACAGGUCACCCACCACCGAAAAUAACAUGGAGACGAGAAGACCACGAACUGAUGUUGCUUAAGAAAAUCGGAGGCAGGGACUUUUAUAAAGUUGCUCCAUCAGUAAUAGUGCCAAACCAACUUCUCGGAGCGCCACUGGGAACAGACGUGGUGCUUGAAUGUACAGUGGAGGCUUACCCUAACACUAUCAAUUAUUGGGUCAAAAACAGAGGUGAAAUGCUUCUAGACGGGCCAAAAUACACCAUCACAGAGGAAAGAUCGUCUUACAAGGAUCUAAUGAAGCUGACCAUUAGACAAUUUUCCAAAAAUGACAUUGGGACGUACAACUGCGUCAGCACUAAUUCCCUCGGGAAGAGUGAAGGGACACUCAGACUUUAUGAAAUCAAGCUAUACCCAAGCUCACAGUCAGCCGCAGAAGUGAAUAUAGGCGGUGAGUAA